AUGUGCCCCGGCAAUCUUCUCAUCAACGGCGGCUUUGAGCUCCCAAACACGGAGGCUCUGCCCACAGAGAAGUACGACCCCAACAAGAACAGCUGCUGGGGCUGGUACUACGGAAAGUCUGUGCCAGGGUGGUACGUGGUUCGGCCCGACGGCCAGCGCUGCGUGACUGUGGAUUGGAUGGGCGAUGGAGUCAUCGAGGUCGCACGCGCGGCGCUCACGCGCCCGGUCGAGGGGCGGCAGUACGGGGAGCUGCUCCCCAACGCCACUGGGGCGUACUGCCAGGACGUGGCCGUGACUAAGGGGGCGAAGUACAAGCUGAGCUGGUGGUAUGGCCGCCUGGUGGCCAAGGCUCCCACUGACGGCAAGAACUUCAAGAAGGGAGACAUGACCGUGUUCUGGACGUCGGCCGACGCGGCCGGCUUCAAGCUGCUGCAGACCAUGAACACCCGCGACUGGCCCAUGGACAACAGCACGGGAAUAUACCAGCCAAUCUGGAAAGAGUACAAGGUCGAGUUCACGGCGCCUGAGGACAAGAUCACCCUGGCGUUCAUCAACGGCAUCAGGUCCUCAGUGUGCGCGUGCGGCUCCCUCAUCGACGCGAUUUGCCUGCAAAAGGCGUAG